AUGUCGCAGUUACCAUGCCCAUUCCGUGAAGAGCAUCUCAGACACCGCCAUGGUUGCGUUCUCAUCAUAAGCAGUCUCCAACGAUCACCCCACAUCCAUCAUCAUGCUCGCGCACAAAGGGACGUCUGCCGGUGCAUUGCCUACGAUGAGGCCUGGCUGAACGAAAGAGUCGAUUGGAAGAGAUGGAGAGAAAUUUGGAAACAAUACUACCAUGGGAUUUCCACGUCUGCUGCUUCUACAACACUUGCGCAGUUGGAGUGGUCAUCAAUGCUAGCAAGCUUUGUGGAUGCUCGCCACAUACUUGCUCAAGACAUCUGCGCGAGGACCCUCUUUCCGGUUCCUUCAGCACGACGACCAGCUUCCAAGCACGAAGCGGCGAAUGCCUGUACCACUGGCGAGAGGAGCAGACGUGCGACUUCACGUCUCGAUCUCGGCAUCCUCAUACCCCAAUCGAAGAUGAACCUCACAUUCUGGAUCAUUAAAGUGUGCCUGCCCUUCCACGGCCAUCCGUCAGCCGCUUAUGCCGCCGCUCAUCAACUUUGUUACGAUUGGCAAAGAUGGCCACGUCAUGCCCAAGUGCCGCCGCUCGAUGGCUCAUCGUCAAGGCUCUGA